CCGAAUUCCCAUUUUUAUGCCAACCCCGGGUUGGCCAAUACGAUCUGCAAUUUCAGUCUGCAAGCGGUCAGCCAGGUGAACGGCAGCCAGCACAGCUGGGCACUGAAGGACCCAUUAAAUAAAAUUCAAAUAAAAAAAGCAUCUGGAAGUUUGAAAAUCAGAGAUAAUCAGCCCUAGCAGAUAAUAAAACUAAUGCGAAGACAUUAAACCUUAAUUGUGGAUUAUAAAGUCAACAAAUUUCGGACCAUCAAUAAAAGUUGGCCAGCGAAGAUUAAGCCAAAAACCAGAGAACUGAAGCCGUCAAGAUGAAAAGAGCCAAAGGCUGGCUGUUAAUGACAGCAACAGUGCUGCUGCUGAGCCUGCUGGCCUCCACAGAAGCCGCCCUGCCCUUCAAGAAGGUAUCCAUUGCCAAGACACCCGCCUCCACGAGCAGCACCAGCAGCACCACAACCACCACGGAGGCAGCCGCCGGCGAGGAGGAACUGGAGGAGGAGCAGCCAGCGGUGCCCAGCGGGGAAGGUGCCGACAGUCACAGUGACAAGUCGGACAAUGGCACUCUGUCGAAGAACUCCAAGCUGACGGGCAUUCCACAAAUCGAUUACAUCUGGGAUCCCAAUCUACCCAGGGAACUAAGGGGUUACAACCUCUCAACGUAUCCCUUUUUGUCCACUGUCCCGCCCAUGGAUGAGAUCCACUUCGAGUGCCAGGGCCUGCACGACGGCUUCUAUGCCUCCAUCGAGUACAAAUGCCAGAUCUACCACCACUGUGUCUACGGCAUCAGGCACGAUUUUCUGUGCGCCAAUUUCACGGCCUUUGACCAGCGCACCUUCAUUUGCCACUUUGCCUCCGAUGUGGACUGCGAGGGAUCCCAGAAGUACUGGAACAGGAACGAUGAACUGUACAUGGCUACCACCACCACUUCCACGAGUACCACCACCACGCCAGCACCACCAACGGAAGCCUCUGCCCCGCGUCGACGACCCCAGAGACCUCAGCGGCCUCUGAGGCGCCCCUACAAGCGCAGGCCCAUCGAUGACUACUAUUACGAGGAGGAUCAGUAUGAGGAUGAUUACUACGAGGAGCGACCGGUCCGAAGGCCAAAACCCAGACCCCAUCAGCGCAAGCACAAGGUGGAGGUGGACUACGACGACGAGUACGACGAGAAGCGAGCGGAGGCGGAGAAGCCACUGCGAAGAAACAGGAAUCGUUAUCGGGACGAGGAGGAGGCUCCCGAGGAGGACUACGAUGAACGGCCCAGCAAAAGGCAGAGGGGCAAAACCACUGCGGGACCAUCGGGCCGAAAGGUCUCGCCCCGAAAGCCGGGACGGGUAGAGGAGCGGCGCAGCUUCAAUGAGGAUCGUCCGCUGGGCAGAAGGCGCAUCGAGAAACAACGCACCACGCCCUCAUCAGCCUUGGAUGACCUGGACGAGUACGAGAAGCCCUAUGGCGGAGCGGAUCAGGAAGAGGCCGCCGAAGAGCAGACCCCGCAAAAGGUCAAGACCACUCCAAAGCCACUGGCGGAGUUCAUCACUCCCAAGGCGGCAGCUGCCUCCGUAUACGCCCGUCCUCGUGCUCCUCCCAGGAUAGCCCGUCCAGUGCCCAUCAACGAAAAAAAGAAGUACUCUUAUCCGGUACAGAAAAACACGGCUACCACUCAGGCCCCUUCGGAGGAGGAGGAGGAGUACGCUGAUGAGCAGGUGGAUGACUACGAACAGCCUCCGGCGAGAAACAUACCCAAGAGACGUACUCCGGCUCCACGAGUCGAGCAGAAGCCCACGAGGAACACUCUCCGCAAGCCUGUGACGGAGAAGAAGCCCCUGGAGGAAGAUUACUACGAGCCAGCAGAGCAGCCAGAGCCCGUGAGGCCACGAAAACGUCCCCUGGCUCCCCGAUCUCGAGCACCGGCUCGUGAUGUGGACUUUGAGGAUGUGGAUUACGAAGAAAGCCCGCCACCGCCUUCCAGCACAGCCGCACCUGCAAGGAACCAGAGAUUGAGGGCUAAGACUACCACACGGAAGCCCACAGUGCCACCACGGCCACGUCAGCCGAUCGUGGAGGAAGAGGAUGAACUGGAACACGCGGAGGAACCGGUGGAGGAGACGCCAGCUCCUAGGACGAGAGCCAACUCUCUGAACGGCCGAGGAAAGGCACAGCGUCCGUCGUCGGUACGUGUGGUCAAGCGACCUUUCCUGCCCUCUAGAGGCGGAAGUCCCUAUCUGCCCCGAGGCCUUCAGCCCGUGGGCGUGGCAUUGAAAUCACUUCCCACCACCGAUAGCACACCCAUCGAUAUGGGCUCCACCAUUUCGGGAGUCCGUCUCCUCGAGCACGGUGCUCCCUUGCUGAGAGGCAGUCCUGAUAGCGACGAGGACGUGGAUCCUCCACCGUCCCCCAGUCCUCCAAGGACUACGCUACCACCUCGCAGUGCUCUGCCAGCCACGCCCAAACGGGCGGAGCCCCCGCGUCCGAAACUGAACCUCGAUGAGCUCUAUGAGAACGACUACGACGUGACAUUGAACGAUGCUCUCGAUCCCACGCUGAAGCCACUGUCGCCCCAGCAUCCGCAUCCCCAUUCGCUUCCACAUCCGCAUCAGCUUCCAUACCAACAGCAGCAGCAGCAACAGCAGCAGCAGCCACAAUCGCAGCAACAACGGCAAUACGCCAGCGCAUAUAAUCCAUUUGGCUAUCAGGCCGCGUAUCAAUCACCAACAUCCGCUUCAGCAUCUGCAUCCGCACCUGCAUCCGCAUCAGCAUCUGCAUCGCAGCCAGCUGGCUAUCAUAGUGAUUCCUAUUUCUCAUCGACAGAUAUACGCCGGCGGGCUGUUGUCCCGGCGCAAGCCGCGCGUCCACAUCGACUCGAAUACGCUUCUCCCGGAGGAGCAGCCGGCGGAUCAUCCGGCGGAGGAGUGAGCAGGAGUUACCAGCCAGCGGGCCGGGUUGCCCAGCAUUUCUACGACGACUUUGCCUACUGAAAAGUAGGCUUAAUCUUAGUUUCUUCAGCUGUAAAUAAGUUUCCCCCAACAAGGAGAGUUCCAUUUGGUGCACGACUCCAACUUCUUAAACAUAAUCUGUCUCUACCUUAGUCGUUUAGCCGCAAAAAGAAAAACCUACUCUUAACUCAAAAAACAAGGUUCAGGACCUAACCCGAAACGCUAUAACACAAGC